UGUAGAUGAAUGCCGCUAUGUUUCAAGUUACGACUUAUUACAAGAAUGAGGAGUCUACUAUGUGCAUUUUGUAUCUAAGUUAAUAUAAUGUAUUGGAUAACAGGUUAUUUGAAUUUUUUAAAGAUCUUUUCACUGGACUAUAAAACAUAUUUUUGAAAUGCAAAACCAUUGAUGGACCGUAUUCAUCUAUUUUCUUUCCAGGUGUGAGGCAGAUUUGAUAUUGUGUUUUGAAAAUCAUUGAUUACUGGGCUAGUGAUGGAUCUCAACGCUCUUUUCAAGGGUAGAUUUUGUUGCUUUCUCAAGGACCCACUUGAAGAGGCUGAGACUUGGGGAGAGUCUGUGGACAAACUCCUGUGUAGUAAACCUGGGCAGGCAGCUUUCCGACAAUUCCUGAAGUCAGAGUAUAGUGAGGAGAAUAUCCUGUUUUGGCUGGCCUGUGAGGACUACAAGAAGAUCAAGUCUCUUCCAGAGAUGAUCUCCUCUGCAAACAGGAUCUACUCUGAGUUUGUGGAAUGUGAAGCACCCAGACAGAUCAACAUUGAUUGUGGGACCAGAGAAAAUAUCACCAAGAACAUCUCCCAGCCGAGCCUGACUUCCUUUGACGCGGCACAGAAGCUGAUCUACAGUCUGAUGGCCAGGGAUUGUUACCCACGAUUCCUCAAGUCAGACAUCUACCAGGAUUUGCUUAGGAGAGCAGAUGCAAGGUGACUCUCUUAAAUGACAAACGCUCUAAGUGUUUCUCAACGUUUUAUGUACCACACACAAGCUAUAGUCCCUCCAUCCAUGGAGGACCACUUUGAUUAAAGGGAUGGUUUUAUUUAUUUUUUACCUUAUUUUCGACUUACCUAGGGUGUUGUUACCUAGGGUUUAGUUUAGCAAUGUCCAGAAUCUCCUGGCUAGACUGUUUUUAAAUGUAGCAAUGCACGUGGAAAUGGAUUGUAUCGUUCCUUAAAACUAGCACCUGAGAACUGACUAAAUGGCUGCCAGCUCACCAUUUAACCAGGAACUGGUCAAGAACAACACAGAAGUUGAGAAACACAUUCUUUCAACUCUUUCAUCUACGCUAUGCUUACCAUGUUAUUGCAAUCCAUGUCCAAACAAUAUCAGAUAUAUCUUUUCUUUAACCGGUGACUACAUUUAAUGGGUUGAUUCCAUUCUCAAUGAAUGUAUAUAGUAUAAUGUGUGCAAUGUUGUUGUAUUUAACUAAGUUAUUUGUAGAGACUAAAAUGCCAAAAUGUUGCCCCUUUGACUAUAAAUUAGAUGAUGAAUAAGUUCUUAAUUUGUAUCAAUAGUAUUAUCACUUCUGUAUGUAAUCAGAUACCGUCUCAAAUUGAAAUUAAAAUGAUCUCAAUGAAUCAAAG